AUGGCGCGGAUCACAACGAGCGACCAGGAGGACGACAAAGCGAGGCCGCUCGAAGUGCGGGCUGAAGGGUCGACCAAGUGGGAGACAUACGCGGGAUCAGCUGACGUCGACGACGACAGCUUCAGUGGUAGCAACUCAAUCGAUGCAAGUGACGCCAGCGACGGGGAAUAUUGUAGUCAAGAAGGCAAUUCUCAGUUCGAGGGUGAUGACAUGGAUGAUAUCGACCAGCUCCAAUCUACAACAGAUGAUGAGCAAAGCUCGGAUAUCAACAUCGAGGAGAGACAUCACGAUGAACGCCUCGGGGACCAUUCCAGCUCUUCGACAGCGAACCCCCCGACGCGAAGGGUACACAUGGAAGACACAAAGGAGGGGGCGCAAGUGGUAAAACGGGUUCGCACGCACUCUACGGAGACUGGGCCGAGACACAAGAAGCCCAGGAAGGACACCAUUCCGUCACAAGCAAUUGCAUUCCCUGGAGUUGUCAAGUCGAAUGUCGGCCUGGUUCCCGGUGCAGCGUCGCAGCGUCUGUCCGGCGUUGUCGAUAACCAGUAUAACGCUCAUGAUGUCGCAGAAGCACAGGCGCUGAUGGGGAACAUCAAUAUUCAGUCGAGCGUCUGCAAUUCAUUUCGCGCGGUCCUGCAGGCAGCCGAAAUUGCGCUCGCGACAGCGAAGGAGAAGGAGCGUAGAAUUGAAGAGGAUCUUCUCAAAUUGGAGACUCAGUUGAGGAUGCUUCAGAGGACGAAAUGA